UACUACAAAUAAAUGUGGCACAGUCCAAGAAUGUUUGGCAAACUACUAUCUAAAAUAAAAGUAACCCGAGCAAAAAUCGUCACUUUCUUAACUUCAGAAUGAGUCAGAAUGUCCCAGUUCAAAGAUCCUGACAUUUUGACUGUAUCAAACAAAUAAAAUCAUACAACAAUGUCAUUAUUUGACAACACAUUUACAUUGAAAUAUACGUACAUCAACGAUAUUAUAUAUAUAAACACAUGCAGAAGCAAUGAUCAAACAAAUAGCCUAUACAAAAGACAAUCUCUAGUGCAAGCAUGCUAUGCAUGAAAUGUAAUGUCUGUUUCCGACCUCACGGGGGCGAUAUAGUCACGUUGUACAUUUAGGAUGGUUAAUACAAUAAAUAACUCCAUUCACGCAAGAUUAAACCCCGGAGCAUCGAUCUCUGUCCCCGUCUGGAAAUCAGUCAGCAGUCCGCCAACGAGAAUCGAUGAGCGCAAUCUAAUAAAGCGACUCGUUUACGGCUAUAACAUCUCCUGUUCCACCUCCUCCAGCACUAAUACCACCAUCGUCAUCUCACACAGAAUAAUCAUUCAGUAGCUUUAUACAUACAACAGAUAGAAAUAGAUAUUUGUUCAAAUAAGAUUUACAUUUUGAUUUCUACUUGUUUUUUUGUUGUUGUUUUGAUUACAUAAAUAUUAGGCUACCUAUUAAAUCUGAAAGUUUUUCUGUAUUACUACAUAGGUUUUUGAAACUGGUUUAAAACCUUGAUUGACUUGCAGACCAUUUGCAUAACAAAACAUAUGACGUAACGCAUUGAUGUAACGAGAGUAAAUAGUCAGAUUUACAAUGGAAAACAUGUGACUGAAAGAUGAGUCAUUUAUAUAAUACUUAAACCAGAAUAUCAGGUUGAAGAUGACAGCAGCAGAUUGUUGGACACAAUAUUUAAUAAAAGUUGCUUCUGAUGGGUCACAAGCUAUUUGGGCGACACAUCACAUAUUUGUGACGUUCAAAGCUUUUCCCCACCUUCUCAUCUUUAAGUUUUGAUUUCACCGAAUGAGCAGCAUAAGCAAAAGACGUAUGUAAACAAAAUAUGCAAAAUAUGUUGCUCUUUCUUUUCACUCUAUAGUAUACACUUACUGCGACCUACUAUAGGCAUAUUGUGCAUUAUUGACGCUAUACCAACUUGUUUCUUACACCUAUACUGUUAUCAGCACUCAGGUUUCAGCUGGCACAACACCGCUUUCGUCUCACACAAUAACUCAAGUCAGUGGGUUAGUCGUAGAAAACUGAUGGAUGAGACUAUUAAACACCUGAGCAUUAUAUGAACAUCUGUGCACUAAAGAGAAGACCCACAUCAGAAUACAGUAAUGGCAUCAUCUGAAUCACAGACACUUUGCUUUAUCUCAUGGAAUGUUUGUGGACGAAAAACAUUAAAUCAAUCUAUCAACACUUUCGCAGAGAAGUAUGGAGCAAAAAUCUUCUUUAUUCAAGAGACAAAAAUUGGACCUGAAGAUAAUAAUGCAUUAGAAAAUAUUAAAGGCUGGAAAUGUUACUACACAGUUUAUAAUUCCAAAAGCAAAGGAGUCGCAGUUUUGAUUAAAGAUGAUGCAGAAUUUCAGUACAUAUGUCACGAUGAGGAUUAUAGUGGAGGAUAUCUUGUACUCUUUUGUUAUCUCUAUAAUGCAUUGUUCACUCUUGUUAAUAUAUACAAUCACAAAGGUGACAUGGAUAUCCUGAACCGACUGAAGGACUACUUGAGGGACACAGCUGAGGGCGUGCUUGUGGUUGGAGGUGAUUUCAAUACAGUUCUGGACCUUACCUUUGAUCGAAAAUCGUUAGCUAAAAAUAAAUGCCAUACACCGCUGGAGGGCAUAUUUAGAAAUUUUAAUGACAAUCUAAGGCUUAGGGAUACUUGGGGAUACGUUCAUCCAAGAAAAAGAUCAUUCACAUAUUCUCAGAAAGAAAGUUACUCUAGGUUAGAUAUGUUUCUGUUGUGUGAGGACUAUUUGGAACAAAUAAAUGAUCUUAAAAUUGACAAACCUGAAAGGCCUGGUGUUGACAGGAAGAGCACUAGUACAAAGACAAAUAUUUCAGAUCAUUUACUUUUAAUAUUAAGUCUCAAAAUUAGAGAACAAUUUUGCCAUAAAGUACCUAAUGUUGCUUCGUGGUUGGUUGACCAUAAAUACCAUGUAGAACAAGACAGAAGAGCAGGAAAGAUUAAUGGUGCAGAAAUCCUGAGUGUAAUCAAAUCUUUGACUGACUCUGGACAAAAGAGUCCUGAUGGUAUACGUGUGCAAACAUAUAAAAACCUUUGUUGUCCAUUGACAGAGAUCUUGAAAAUGUACUUCAAUCUAUGGAUGAAACAAAAACAGUUACCCAAAGAAUUCGUUUCUUCUAUCUCUGCAUCAAAUGGAAGAAAAUGUUUCAAUGUGGAUUACUUGAUAUUCACCAUGAUUCUUGCCAAACGUCUCAAUACGCUAGUGAAGGCAAUGGGAAAAAAAGAAAAGAAGAACAAAGAAAAUAAUAACAUGAAUGACACUUGCUGCAUUGGGUUUGCAGUAAAACCAAAAGAAAUCAAAUGGGCCUUUUUAAAGAAAAGCCUCUCAUACCUGCUCAAAGCAUGUGAGACUAAUAAAUGUAUACAUCCAAGAGAUUUCACUGUUCUUGAAGGUUUGGUUUAAGGGGCUGGAGAUCUGACCGAGGACUUUAGUAUUUUAGACAUUAUUCUCCCUAAAGACACCUCUUCAGAUGACCUCAGAGAAUUACAAGAAGGCUGUCCACUCAAAAGCUCCAUUCUGAAUUUGAUCCUGAAAUAUCUGGAGGUUCAAAUAAAUAAGAAAAACUUGCAAUACAGAGCUCAUGUCUCCCUCGAAAGACAACUUGUCCUGCACAAAGAUCCCAAAAUAAUUAAUGAUGUAAUACAGAACUUCGAGAGUGACUCUGGGAUCAAACUGACAAUUUCAGAAGUAUGUUUGUCUUGACCUAUUCCACCAUCAUGCCAUUUUGAUGAAGCAUAUUUUGUUAAAAUAUAGUUUGUGCAUGUACCUGGCCCUUCAAAAAACAUGCACAAGAUAAACAGGUUUCCACACCUGUAAAGUCAGUUAUGCCAGUAUGUGUUAUGUAAACACAUUUUUUCACUGGAUUGAUAUGAGUGAGAUCAUUGAAUGUUCAAGAAGAACUUUUGGAUCUGAAUUUCUUGAAAGCAACUGCAAAAUUCCUGGUGUUACAUUAACACUGUGGGUGUUAAAUUAAAACCGGUCGGUGUUUAUGUUCCCAUUUAAAAAACUGAGCGGUUUUAAUUAAUUUAACACCAGGGAUUUUGCAGUGUAUGCGCGUUUGUGUUAUCUUAGAGGUGAUAGAAAUUUUGACAUACACCUGUGUUGUAUUUCAAUAUUUUCUUAUUUAUUAUUUUAUAUGCUAAUGUACUUUUAUUGCUGUUUAAUCCUGUUUAUUGCUGUUGUUUAAUCUCAAUUAAUUUCACUGUUGUUUUACUUUGAUGUUUUCAAAAGUGCAGAAAAGGAAUUGCCUCAAGGUUUUUACAGGGCAGUAUACUGUCUGCUUGGUACAAUAACAUCUGUCUGCUUCUAGUCAGAUGAAGUCUGAGCAUUGAAACACAAUGAUGUUUAUUCAAUAAACUCUUUAUUUAAUUCUGUGAUCCCUUUCCCUUUUGUCUUCUGUUCUUCACUCGCAUCUCUGUACACUACAGCAUCCACCUCGUAGAAAUCUUUGAAGUCUUCAGAAGUCUCAUCAGCAAGGGAGGCUGUCCCCCCCAAAAAAACAGACCCCAUGUGUCUUUUGUGGCGGUAGCAUAUUAUGACCGACAGGCAGGCACGGAUUAACGCACAGACGUGGCUGCAGCCUAGGGGCCCCACCUGUUUAGGGGCCUCUGAUUGGCAAGAUUUUUUAUUUUAUUUACUUCAGCAGGAACAAAACGUAGACCCUCAAUAAUAUUCAGAUCUGGUGACUCUGCAGGCCAUGGUAGAUGUUUAACUUCACUUUCAUGUUCAUCAAACCAUUAUCAUCCUGAUACACUGCACCACCUUCAGGCUACAAUGUGUAAACCAUUGAGUACCCAUGGUCCUCCAGAAUGGUUUGGUAGUCCUUGGCAGUGAUGUGCCCAUCUAGCACAUAUAUUGGGACUAGGGAAUGCCAUGAUAUUGCAGCCCAAACCAUCACUGAUCCACCCCUAUGCUUCACUCUGAGCAUGCAUCAGUCCGGGUGGUAAGCUACUUUGGGGCUUCUUCACACCAUAAUUCUCCCAGAUGUGGGAAAGACCGUAUAGGUGAACUCAUCAGAGAACAAGAAACAAGAUCACUCACUGUCUAGGAACGCGAUUGUUUUUGAAAAAGUAAACUUUAACGCAAGGAACCUGGCCGACCUGUAGCCUACACGCUCACUCAACGGAUGGACGAACUGACAGGAUUACCUCCAGUUAAGUGGCCUGACAUCUACACCUACUAGACAGAGAAACCAAGCGUGUAUAGUAAAGAGAAACUGAGAGCAUAUACAUCUAUAGAUGCAGUGGCAAAACUUGGCAAACGUUAGUAAAUGCAUUUACUUGAACACAAACCUGACACAUAACAUGAGCCUUCUCACUGUUCCCUCUCCCUUUAAACUAAUGCACUUGUGACAACUAAAGAGAUGACAAACAGUUUCCUUUAUGUUUAGUUUCUGGCCGAUAGUUAAUUGCUAGUUGUAUAUCUAACAAAGUUAGCUAGCAUACCCUAUGCGUUCAAAAGUUAACGCUAUGUGAAAAAUAACCUAACUUGUUCCCCAGUUUUUGAUUAGGUGGGCAUAUGUGAGAUAGUUUUUGACACAUACCCAAAUCAUAUUCUACACCAAAGUAGUUUUUUUUUAAUCUUAUGAAGUGAAAUGCGAGCACUUUUGAUGAUUCGGUUCAGUUCGCUCGUUUUAUUGUGUUUAACUACAGCUGUCGUCAGUGUUUUUGUCUGGCAAUGGCAGCAGGAAUGUGUCAUGGCAGACAAAGAGACAGACUCAAGUGAGGGGUACAGAAAAGUUUAUUGUCACACAAGUCCACAAAAAUCCAAGUGCCAUGCACCACCGGCAGCACACCAACCCAUCAACAGAUCCACAGCCGGAUGCAGAGAUGAUAAAAGCGUUGAAUCGCUUAAACUUGGGAUAGUUCACCCCAAAAUGAAAAUUCUGUCAUCAUUUACUCACCCUCAUGUAAUUUC